AGCUGAUUUCAUGAUGACUGAGGAUUUAGAUCCAAGAUUCAGUUUUCUCACUUGGGAACAGAUUAAAAUACUGGAUCAAGUGCUAAGUGAGGUGAUCCCCAUUCAUGGCAGAGGGAAUUUCCCGACGUUGGAGGUGAAGCCAAAAUACAUCAUUUGUGCCGUCAAGGAGCAGCUGAUCAAAAAUCAGAUCGCUGUCCAAGACAUACGCCUGAAUGGCUCCACAGCAAGCCACAUCCUUUUAAAACAAAAUGGUCCCAGCUACAAGGACCUGGAUAUCAUUUUUUCUGCUGAGCUUCGAAAUGAGCAUCAAUUUCAGGUUGUGAAGGAGUCUGUCCUUAAUUGCAUCUUAGACUUCUUACCAAAAGGUGUCAACAAAGAAAAGAUCACAGCAAAGACAAUGAAGGAUGCCUAUGUGCAGAAGAUGGUGAAAGUGUCUACAGAUUAUGAUCGCUGGAGUCUUAUCUCCUUGACAAACAACAGUGGGAAGAAUGUUGAGCUUAAAUUUGUCAACUCUCUCCGACGGCAGUUUGAGUUCAGUGUUGAUUCCUUUCAGAUAAUCCUCAAUCCUGUGUUAGAUGUCUAUAGCAAUGCAGAUGGUGAGCUGUCAGAAGAUUCUAAUUUGUCCAUCAUUGCUGAAAGCAUGUAUGGAGACUUCGAUGAAGCCAUGGAGCACCUGAAGUACAAACUGAUUGCCACAAAAAAACCCGAAGAGAUCCGUGGCGGAGGCCUUUUGAAAUAUAGCAACCUUCUGGUUCGGGAUUUUAAGCCAGUAAAUGAGGCAGAAAUUAAAUCACUGGAACGUUACAUGUGUUCUAGAUUCUUCAUUGAUUUCCCUGAUGUAACAGAGCAGCAGCGGAAGAUUGAGUCAUACUUGCGCAAUCACUUCAUUGGGGAAGGGAAGAGCAAGUACGACUACCUGAUGACUCUGCGUGGGGUUGUGGACGAGAGCACGGUCUGCCUUAUGGGACACGAGCGAAGGCAGACACUGAACAUGAUUACCAUCUUGGCUCUCAAAGUGCUUGGAGAGCAGAAUAUCAUUCCCAAUGCAGCCAAUGUAACAUGCUACUAUCAACCUGCUCCCUACAUCAGCGACAGGAACUUCAACAAUUACUAUAUUGCUCCUAGACAGCCAGCCAUUAUCUACCAGCCCUAUUCCUUUCAUAUUCCCAUGCAGAGUGGCAUGGUGUAGCCAACCACAAAACCUCAUUGCCUUACAUCAUUGACCAACUUUCCCUAGCCCCCCAUUCCCCUGAGGGCUCUCCAAAAUAAAGCCCAUGUUAAAGCAAAUUUUCCUAUCACUUUUGAUUUUCAGGACAUCUUUUUUUGGGGUGAGUCUGUGCAUGUUGCCAAACAUUGGCCUGCUACUGAAAUAUUGUCCUACAUAUUGAAUGAACUGUGUGCUGGAGUUCAUGUGAGAUUCUCAGCAAGUUUCCUAAAACAGUUUAUGUGCACCCUCAUGUUUCUCUCUGUU